AUGCCCUCCCACACUCCCAUCCGUCAAGCUGCCGCAGCUACCACCACCACUACUACUUCUUCCCCCGCCAUGAAGCGCGGCGUGAGCCGCAACCCCCGCCUAGCAGCCGCAACCCUAGCUCUAACCCUCACAGCCCUCGCCGUCCAGCAAGUCUCCUCCUCCCGCACCAGGGAGAACGAGUCGGCGCGGAGGAAGGCGGGAGACCUCUACGUGAGCGUGGAUCGGAGUGGUGGUGGCAUCUAA